AAACCGCCACCUGCGGCCAUUUCACGAUGCUCAUACAGGAUCACAUGAAUGUCCGCGGACAGAAUAUUUUAACUGACCGUUUUCGGACGCCAGGCUCGGUAAAAUGGUGAAAAGGAAGAGCUUGGACGACAGCGACCAGGAGAAUUGCCGAGGAAUACCGUUUCCUAUCCAGACCUUCCUGUGGAGACAGACCAGUGCAUUUUUGCGACCAAAAUUGGGGAAGCAGUAUGAAGCAUCCUGUGUGUCUUUUGAGCGAGUGCUGGUGGAAAAUAAACUCCAUGGACUCUCUCCAGCUCUCACCGAGGCCAUCCAGAGCAUCAUGCGCUGGGAACUAGUGCAGGCCGCAUUGCCUCAUGUUCUCCACUGUACCGCCAUCCUCCUUUCCAACCGUAACAAGCUAGGGCACCAGGAUAAACUUGGUGUUGCAGAGACCAAAUUGCUUCACACUCUCCACUGGAUGCUUCUGGAGGCUGCUCAGGAGUGCCACCAGGACCAGGGGCAUGGCUGGUCUGGAGGAAGCAGCAGUGGCUUUUUUCAGCCUUUGGGCAACCAGGGCCCUAUGGAUCGAAAUGGUAGUACCCCUGAAGAGAAUGAGUAUGCUCGAGCCAAGCUGUACUAUAAGAACAUGGCUACUGUGGAGCUGUUUGUGUUUCUCUUUGCUCCUCUGGUCAACCGCAUCAAGGAAUCUGAUCUUACCUUCCGACUCGCUAGUGGACUUGUUAUUUGGCAGUCAAUGUGGGAGCACCGUCAGCCUGAAGUGCCCGCUUUCUCUGCCCUCAUCAAACCCAUGCGCAGCAUUAUUACUGCCAAAAGAAACUCUCCAGUGAAUAACCAGUGUAGCCCCUGUGGUUCCAGCAAUCCAUGUCACACUGUGGUGUGUGAAUCUGCACAAUCUGACUCCUCCUCCCCCCUGAUAAAGGGACAGAGCUGUCGCCGUGGCAACUCGGUGGAGCAAGGAGGCUCUUCUCAGCAGCCAUAUGAUCGAGGCCUUUCACAGAAGAAAAUGUCAGCACCUGGCUCAGUGCCCGUGUGCCAGCGGGCUCGGUUUGCCAGUUACUUUGAUGUAGCAGUGUUGCGAUGCUUGCUUCAGCCUCACUGGACGGAGGAGGGCGUGCACUGGGCGCUCAUCUAUUACCUGCAACGGCUACGGCAGAUUUUGCAGGAAAAACCAGAGCGCCCCCCUGAACCUCCUACAGCGCCCCUGCCUAGACCAAGGAGCAGCUCCAUGGUUGCUGCAGCUCCCUCUCUGGUCAACACACAUAAAACGCAGGACAUGACCCUAAAGUGUAAUGAGGAGGGAAGGUCUCUAAGCUCUGAGACCUUCACCAAAGUUUCCAUCACUAAUCUCAGAAGAUCAGCCAUCCCUGACCUCUCCGCCGACAUGAGCAUGAACAUUUUUAAAAAGUUUAAGAACCGCAAAGAGGACCGGGAGAGGAAAGGUUCAAUCCCAUUCCACCACACGGGGAAGAAGAGGCAGCGGCGCAUGGGUGUGCCCUUUAUCAUGCAUGAGGACCACUUGGAUGUGUCUCCCACACGCAGCACCUUCUCAUUCGGAAGCUUCUCUGGAUUGGGUGACGACCGCCGCCCCCUAGACCGAGGCGGCUGGCCCUCAAGCAUCAUGGGAAAGUUAACUCGCCGAAGCAGCACUGACACAGCAGCAGAUGUGGACAGUCUCGGAGUCAAACACUCUCACUCACACCAUAACCUGCCUGACCACUCCAACAGCCACAGUGAAAACACCAUCAAAGAGGGGGUUCGCUCCCAGAUCUCAACCAUUACUAUGGCCACCUUUAACACAACAGUGGCCUCAUUUAACGUGGGCUACACUGACUUCUUCACCGAGCAUAUUAAGAAGCUAUGCAAUCCCAACCCCAUCCCAGAGAUGCCCUGUGAGCCGCUGGCAUGUUCCAACCUGCCCCGCAGUCUAACUGAUUCCUGCAUCAACUACUCAUGUCUGGAAGAAAGAGACACCAUCGAGGGCACCAACAACUUCAUUAUGAGGAACGGCAUGCUUGAUCUUUCAGCUGUUCUAAGAGCAGUGUACGCCGUCCUCACCCAUGACAUCAGCUCACGGAUCUGUGACAUUGCCCUUAACAUUAUCGACUGUCUCCUGCAACUGGGUGUUGUGCCCAGCUCUGCCAAGAAGGCUGCCAAAUCUGAGGACAAAGCUAAAGAGGCAGAGCAUACAAAGGAAGGAGUCAGUCAAGGCAUGGCCGGGGCACAUGGAGUUGUUUCUGGUGGCACGGCGGCUGUUUCCAGUGGCGGGAGUGGAGAUGGUGAUGGAGGGGGUGAUGGAGGAGGAGGAGGCGGAGGAGGAGAGAGUGGAGGUGGAAGUAGAAAUGAUAUUAAAAACAGCAAAUCCAGUAAGGAGGACGACUCUGCCCUCAGUUCCCAUAGAUUAACUCUAACUAUGCUAAUUAAGAUUGUGAAGUCUCUUGGUUGUGCUUACGGCUGUGGAGAAGGCCAUCGUGGGCUCUCUGGUGAUCGCCUGCGCACACAGGCCCAAAACUGUCUGACCAGUCUGUACAAGCUGGAUAAAGUUCAGUUUCGACAGACCAUGAAAGAGUAUGUCAACAAGGAUUCUCUUAACAACAUCGUCGAUUUUCUACACGCUCUACUUGGCUUCUGUAUGGAGCCCAUCACUGACAAAUACGGCAGUGCAGGUGAGAGGUCCAGGAGGGCGAAUAAGCGAAACUUCGACAAGGCAGGCUUUGGAAACAAUUUUGCCACCGGAGGAGAUAAGUCUCUGGCCCAGAGUAUGGAGGCUGUGGUGGUGGGCUGCAUGUUCAAAUCCCUCAUAACCAGAUGUGCAUCCACUACACAUGAGCUACACAGUCCAGAAAAUCUGGGCCUGUACUGCGACAUUCGGCAGCUAGUUCAGUUUAUCAAAGAAUCACAUGGCAACGUGUUUCGUCGAGUGGCCCUCAGUGCUCUGCUGGAUAGCGCAGAAAAACUCAAUGCCACAAAAAGGCCUGAGGAUAAAGAGGAGACCAAGUCGUCUGCACAAAAAAGCGAGGAGCAGAUCCCCGGCGCUCUGUUAGGAAGAAAGGACUUCUGGAGGAAAAUGUUCAAGUCUCAAAGCGCUGCCAGUGACACCAGCAGUCAGUCAGAGCAGGACACAUCAGAAUGCACCACUGCCCACUCUGGCACUACAACAGACCGUCGCUCACGCUCUCGAUCUAGGCGUAUCUCAUUGCGCAAGAAGCUUAAACUGCCCAUAGGGAACUGGCUAAAGCGCUCGUCCCUGUCUGGCCUUGCUGAUGGAGUGGAAGACCUGCUGGACAUCAGCUCAGUGGACAGACUUUCUUUCAUCAGGCAGAGCUCCAAGGUGAAAUUUACAAGUGCUGUAAAGCUGUCGGAGGGAAGUGUCAUGGAGUACGGUCGGGAAGAGGAGGAGAAUUUCUUCAAGCGGCUUGGUAAAUGGCGGUCCGGUCGGCGGAACCCAUCCAAGAUUCACCACACAGAGGAGAAAGAUGGAUGUCCCGGGUUCCAGGAGCGCUUGGCUACCAGCCAGGAGGCCAUGAAAAAUAAGAACAUAGUCAAUCUAGGUGCCAUCAGACAGGGCAUGAAGAGAUUUCAGUUCCUCCUGAACUGUUGUGAGCCAGGAACUAUCCCAGAUGCUUCCAUCCUAGCUGCUGCAUUAGACCUGGAAGCACCAGUGGUGGCUAGGGCAUCACUGUUCCUGGAGUGUGCUCGCUUUGUGCACCGCUGUAACCGUGGGAACUGGCCAGAAUGGAUGAAAGGUCACCACGUCAACAUUACCAAACGAGGGCUUUCGAGAGGACGCUCACCUGUAGUUGGCAACAAGAGAAACAACAAACUGCAGUGGAAUGCAGCUAAGCACUUCUACCAGUGGGGUGAUGCAAUUGGCACUCGUCUGAGUGAACUAUGCCACUCGGACAGUGAGAGUCCGGCCAGCAUUUUGGGUUUUAUUUAUGAUGAGGAGAGCAAGAGGAGAGCAAGGAAAGAAGAUGAUGAGGAGGACUUUCUAGAUGACAGUACUGUCAACCCGACAAAAUGCAGCUGUCCCUUUGCUCUGAAGAUGGCUGCUUGUCAGCUGCUGUUGGAGAUCACUACUUUUUUAAGAGAGACCUUCCCCUGUCUCCCUCGCCCUCGCACGGAACCCCUCAUGGAUUUGGAAAGCUGCCGACUGCGUCUGGACCCCGAGCUGGGUCGUCAUCGCUAUGAGAGGAAGAUCAGCUUUGCAGGAAUCUUGGAUGAUGAGGAUGGCCAUGAUUCCCUAAACAGUAGUAGUCACACUUUAAAGUCUGAUACAGCAUGUGAUGAAAAGAAAUCCUCACAAGAGCCUCUGGCUCCCACUAGAAAGAUUCGCAUAGGAGGUUCUCGGUUGCUGCAGAUUAAAGGAGCCAGGAGUUUUAAGGUGAAGAAAGGCGGUUCCCUGUCCUCCAUCCGCCGAGCCGGCAGUCUAAAGAGCACCAAGAUGUCUCGACAGGACUCAGAGUCUGAGAACGAUGCAGAGUCUGAUCGUAUGCUGUCUCAAAGCAGAGACACGGUCACUGAUAUAGGGAGUCCCUGGAGUGCCAGUGAGCCAAGCAUUGAGCCUGAAGGUACUGGGAGCACUGGUGGAGUGGAGGACUAUCACCGCAACAUGUCGUGGUUACACAUCAUGAUCCUGCUGUGCAACCAGCAGAGCUUCAUUUGCACCCACGUGGACUUCUGCCAACCACGCUGCUAUCAGCGCCACAGCCGAUCCUGUGCUCGACUUGUGCGUGCUAUCAAGCUGCUAUAUGGCGAGACAGUCGACAGCCUAAGAGAGAACAGUGCCAGCGGUGUCAGCAGUGCUCGUGCCAAGAAGAGCAAAGAGUGCUCAGACAAGUCAUGCUUGCGGACUCCAUCCAUGAAGAGACGUCCUACUGACAACAAUGCAGAGGGGAAAAAGGACACUGGAAUGCUGAAAUAUAUUCGCACACAGGUGAUGAGUUUGUGCCCGGCGCCUCUGUCUCUACUAAUAAAAGCAGCACCCAUCCUGACAGAUGAUAUGUACGGAGACGUUCAGCCAGCUGCCUGGGAACUUCUGCUCAGCGUGGACGAGCACAUCGCUGCAGCUGCAGCGGCCAUGUUCCUGCUGUGUGCAGUAAAGGUGCCUGACGCUGUCACUGAAAUGAUGAUGGCUGAAUUUCAACAUCCGGAAGCCAGUCAAAGAAUUAACUCUGUGCUUAAGUUCUACACCGUGUGGAGGUUCCGCUACCAGGUGUGGCCUCGCAUGGAGGAAGGAGCUCAGCAGAUCUUUAAGAUUCCCCCACCCAGCAUUAACUUUACUCUGCCAUCUCCUAUUCUGGGGAUGCCAUGUGUGCCCAUGUUUGAUCCACCAUGGAUGCCACUGAACACCGGGACUGUUCCAGAUGCAAUAACUGAAGAUCAGUCUAAAUCAUUCUCAGCUCGUGCAGUGUCACGCUCACACCAGCGUGCUGAGCAUAUCCUUAAGAACAUGCAGCAAGAGGAUGAGAAAAGGAGGCUGGGUCGUGAGGCCAGCAUCAUUACGGCCAUUCCCAUUGCCCAAGAAGCCUGCUAUGAACCCACCUGCAGCCCUCCGCCUGAGCAAGAGGAAGAGGAAGAUGUAGUGAACCUGACUUCUCGUCGUCUCUCUGUGAGCCCUUCCUGCGCCUCCAGCAACUCGCACAGGAACUACUCAUUCCGCCGGGGCUCUGUGUGGUCAGUGCGCUCAGUGGUCAGUGCUGAAGAUGACGAGAACACUACAGAGCAUACACCCACGCAUCACAUGUUACAGCCACCACAAGCUGUGUUCCCAGCAUGCAUUUGUGCUGCCGUGUUGCCCAUAGUGCACUUAAUGGAGGAUGGAGAUGUUCGAGAAGAUGGUGUUGCAGUUAGUGCUGUGGCUAAGCAGGUGUUAUGGAACUGUCUGAUUGAGGACCCAGCACUUGUUCUCCGACAUUUUCUAGAAAAACUAACAGUCAGUAACAGACAAGAUGAGCUGAUGUAUAUGCUAAGAAAGCUUCUGCUCAAUAUUGGGGAUCUACCUGCACAGACCUCACACAUUCUCUUCAACUACCUGGUGGGUUUGAUCAUGUAUUUUGUGCGUACACCAUGCGAAUGGGGCAUGGAUGCCAUCUCAGCUACACUGACUUUUUUGUGGGAGGUGGUGGGGUAUGUAGAGGGCCUUUUUUUCAAAGACCUCAAACAGACCAUGAAGAAAGAGCAGUGUGAGGUGAAGCUUUUGGUUACUGCCUCUAUGCCAGGAACCAAGACACUGGUGGUCCAUGGGCAGAAUGAGUGUGAUAUCCCUACACAAUUGCCAGUUCAUGAGGAUACACAGUUUGAGGCCCUGCUUAAGGAAUGCCUCGAGUUCUUCAACAUACCAGAGGCUCGUUCAGCUAGCUACUUCCUUAUGGACAAGCGCUGGAAUCUCAUCCACUAUGCCAAGACAUAUGUGCGAGACAUCUACCCUUUCAGGCGCUCAGUGUCCCCUCAGCUCAACCUGGUCCACAUGACUCCAGAGAAGGGCCAGGAACUCAUUCAGAAACAGGUUUUCUCCAGAAAGCUGGAGGAAGUGGGCAGAGUUCUGUUCCUCAUUUCGCUCACCCAGCGCAUGCCUGCCAUGCACAAGCAAUCCCAUGUCUCCUUGCUACAGGAAGACCUGCUGCGUCUGCCCUCCUUCCCUCGUACAGCUAUUGAUGCUGAGUUUACCCUCUUCAGUGAGCCUUUGGGCAAAGAGCUAUUCGGCAUGGACACCUUACACAAGGUACUGUGGAUCAAGCUGUUGGAGGAGAUGUUUUUGGGCAUGCCAAGUGAGUACCCCUGGGGUGAUGAGAUCAUGCUCUUUCUCAAUGUGUUUAACGGAGCCCUGCUGCUACACCCAGAAGACAGUUCCCUGCUCAGGCAGUACACAGCCACUGCCAUUAACACUGCUGUGCACUUCAACCACCUGUUCUCACUGAGCGGCUAUCAGUGGAUCCUUCCCACCAUGCUUCAGACAUAUGCUGAUUAUGAAAGUAACCCACUGCUGCGUCGAGGCAUCGAGUUCUGCUGCCGGCAGUUUUACAUUCUUCACCGCAAGCCCUUCAUCCUGCAGCUGUUUGCCAGUGUUGCUCCACUGCUGGAAUUUACUACCUGCACCAGUACUGGAUUGUCCAAAGGCGUGUCUGCACAGUGCCUGUUUGACCUGCUGGUGUCUUUGGAGGGAGAGACAGCUGACAGUCUGCAUGCCCUUGAGCUGGUCAAGGCUGAGAAACCGCUUCGUUCUCUGGAUUUUUGUUAUGGCAAUGAGGACCUUGCCUUCUCCAUCAGUGAAUCUAUUAAGCUAUGUGUGACAGUGGUGGCCUAUGCCCCUGAAUCCUUCCGAAGUCUGCAGAUGCUGAUGGUUUUGGAGGCACUGGUUCCUUGUUAUUUGCAGAAGCUGAAGAGUAACAGUCAAGCUCUAGAGUCAGCAUCUGUGGCCAGAGAUGAGAUUGCAGCCAUAGCUGCGCUGGCCACCUCAUUGCAGGCUCUGCUUUACAGUGUAGAAACCCUGACACGGCCUAUGACUGCACCUCAGAUGAGUCGUGGUGAUCAGGGCCAUAAGGGAGGAACUGCUGCCAACCACACAAUGUCUGGAGGACCAAAUACAAGGGAUAACCUGCACCUGCUGGAGGAGGGCCAGGGUAUGCCACGAGAGGAGUUAGACGAGCGUAUUGCCAGAGAGGAGUUCCGUCAUCCUCGAGAGUCUCUGCUUAACAUCUGCACCGAGUUCUACAAACACUGUGGUCCACGCCUUAAAAUCCUUCAGAAUGUGGCUGGAGAACCAAGAGUCACCGCUCUAGAGCUUUUGGACAUGAAGUCGCACAUGAGGCUGGCAGAGAUCGCACACUCGCUCCUGAAGUUGGCGCCCUACGACACCCUGACCAUGGAGAGCCGUGGUCUGCGCCGCUACAUCAAUGAGAUGCUGCCCAUCACUGACUGGUCAUCGGAGGCAGUACGGCCAGCACUCAUCCUCAUUCUGAAGCGGCUGGACCGCAUGUUCAACAAAAUUCACAAGAUGCCCACGCUCAGGUGCGCCCGCCCACAGGCUUUAUACUCCAGGCGACAAGUAGAAUGGGAAGCAGCCAGUAGUCUGAUUGAGGGGAUUUGUCUGACUCUUCAUCGCCAGCCAAUCAUUUCAUUUCUCCCUCACCUGCGCUCUCUCAUCAACGUUUGUGUCAACCUGGUGAUGGGUGUGGUCGGACCCUCCAGCGUUGCAGACGGGCUGCCGUUGCUGCACCUCAGUCCUUACCUUUCCCCUCCUCUCCCCUUUAGCACGGCUGUGGUUCGCUUAGUGGCCAUGCAGAUACAGGCUUUGAAAGAUGACUUCCCACUCAGUCAGGUGAUCUCCCCUUUUACCAAUCAGGAGCGGCGAGAGGGCAUGCUGCUUAACCUUCUGAUACCAUUUGUUUUAACUGUCGGCUCAGGAAGCAAAGACAGUCCUCAAAUCGAGCAGGCAGAGGUCUUUUUGCUUCUGCAGACAGUCAUCAACAUCCUCCUGCCUCCACGUAUUAUCAGCACCUCACGUAGCAAGAAUUUUGUACUGGACGCGUCCCCGGCUCACUGCUCCACUCCUGGUGACACUGGAAAAGACCUGCGCCGAGAAGGACUGGCCGAGUCCACCAGCCAAGCUGCUUAUUUAGCUCUGAAGGUGGUACUGGUGUGCUUUGAGAGGCAGCUGGGUAAUCAGUGGUACAGACUGAGUCUGCAGGUGAAGGAGAUGGCUUUGCGCAAAGUGGGCGGUUUGGCUUUCUGGGACUUCAUUGACUUCAUAGUGCGCACUCGCAUCCCCAUCUUCGUGCUCUUGCGCCCCUUUAUACAGUGCAAGCUGCUAACCCAGCCAGCAGAGUCUCAGGAGGAACUCACAGCCCGUCAUCACAUCGCUGACCAGCUAGAAAGGCGCUUUAUCCCACGCUCACUCUGCAAAAGCUCCCUGUUUGCCGAGUUCAACAACGAGCUGAAGAUCCUAAAGGAAGCCGUGCACAGUGGCUCAGCAUACCAGGGAAAAACUUCCAUCAGCACAGUGGGUACCUCUACAUCCGCCUACCGGUUAAGUCUGGCCACCAUGUCCCGUUCAAACACGGGCACAGGUACAGUGUGGGAGCAAGACAGCCAGCCGUCCCGACAACCCUCGCAAGACACACUUAGUCGAACGGACGAAGAGGAGGAGGAAAAUGAUUCCAUAAGCAUUCCCAGUGUGGUAAGUGAGCACGAGGCAUUCUUGCCCAGACAUAUUACCCAGCGCCGUUUCUCUAGCCACGCCACUGGCUCAGCCUCCACCCAGCCAGGGCCGGGCCUAAGCACCAUGCUACCCAGCCACAGUGAACCCAAUGUGCUAGAUGAAUCCCAGGGGCUGCUGGAGGAGGGUAACCUGUCACGGGUCGCAAGUGUCCAGAGCGAACCAGGCCAUCAGAAUCUCUUGCUUCAGCCACCACUUGGGCGAAAACGAGGUCUAAGACAGUUACGUCGGCCGCUACUGUCUAUUCCGAGGGUUCAGGAUGAAACUCGUGGAAGGCACGGAGCCAGACUCUCAACCACUCGCAGGAGCAUUCAGCCCAAGAACAAAAUGUUUGACAAGGCAACUGCUGACCAAAAGAGGUCGGUCACGUUUACAGAGAACCAGCAAAAGGCUUCUGGAAAGUCUCCUUGUGCUACACCCACACCCACAACUGGCACUACUUUGCCUGGUAUGGCGGAUACCAGGAGACCGAGUCACUCACACCCCAGCACUGGUAACACUGAGACUUCAUCACCGUCUGCCAGAACAGACCAGCACAGUCCAGCACACCCACAGGCCUCGCCUCUUGCCGAGAGUAAAGAAAAACAGGAGCAGACUUGUGUAAGAACCAUCCUGUCCCCUACACCCUCCACUCCAGCAUCCAGAUCCUGCUCUCCCCUCCCUCUCCUGAGCACCCCGAUUCGUCUGAGCCCGGCUCAGAUCCGCGAAAGUCCAGAAGACGAGGAGACGACGGGACUCUUGCAGAACAGCGACACCUCGCUCCACAUGGCUGAGGAACAGGGCACAGAAAACCCUCUGCUCAACUCACUGCUCUCGCCUCACUCUCUGUCCCCUCUGCCUUUGUCUCCUGUAGAUCUGGACCUGGACGAGUCCCACGUGUGAAGCCUAAACAAGAAGUCCAAAAUGAUCAGGUGCUGGAAGAUAAAAAUUGAACUCAUGGAGUGGAGGAAUGACUACACUGAAACAAACCUGAUGUCUACUUUAAAGUAUGGUGGAGGGUGUGUGAUGUUGUGGAGCUGUUUUUCAGUCAAAUAAAACCUUAUAAGGCUAAAUACCAAUACAGAUGCAGAGACAUGGAGCAAGAUAUCUUGGGGAGUUCUGUCGUAUCUAAAACCAGGAUUUUAGCAGCAUCUCCUUCAAUUUCUGUACAGCCUUUGUACAGUUCUGAAUACUGCUUUCCCAGUGUCGGUGCUUAGGUCCCCCGCAGCAUAGCAGAACCUCUGGACCCCUUAUUGUGGGUGUUAAACCUCCAGCAAAAGGAAUUUACUGAAGCAGCCGUCUCAGUCUCCAGAAUUUAAUCACAUAGAAUAUUGUCUUUGUGCUUUUGCAUGAGAAGAAUGGCCAAAGAUUCCUCAAGAUAGGUGGCAGAAGAUUAAACCACUUAUCAGAGAGUAUCUUGGCAAGAAGAUCUAUCUCUUGCUAUCUCAGCAUCAGUAUUAAAAUAAUCAGCAAUAUAGGUUUGGUGGCUUGUCAUGACAGACCGCUGUUCCAGAGAUACUUCAACCCAGUUGUCUGCCCAUAAUGAUUUGGCCUUUAUUAAAGUCACCCAGGUCUUUAUGCCUGAUCAUAUCUGUUACAUUCAACAUGUGAACUACGAGUAACUACUAUUAACCCAGCAUUUAACAGAUUCCUGGCCAUCACAUGCAUAACUGUUAUGAAAUAGGCAUUGCCAUGCAAAUUUUUUGUGGGGUGCUCCUAAUGUUUGUAACCCCUUUAAGAUCA